CUCCUCCUGAAAUCCACACUGAGCUUGAGUCUUCGGCGCGGGAGGUUUCUAUGGUGGUGGCUGCUCCUUGAGGCGCAAAUCUUUAGGAUCUGGCUUUGUCCCUUUGCGAGGCUGCUGUCAAAAGAAAGAAGGAAGGAAGGAAGAAAAGAAAAAGGGAGAGAAGAAGGAAGGCAUCGCCCUCGCAAGCCUUGAACCGGUUCGUCUCCUCCAUCCAUCCACUCCGCUUUGCCACCGAGAUGGGAGGAAAACCUUCCUCCUUUUUCUUCUUCUGCACCAACUCGAAAGUCUAACUUUGAUUUCUUCGGAGUUGGGACAGAGAAGGAGCAGAGAAGGAGUUGGCUGAGCUUUCGGGUUUUUCUUUAUUGGGGAAGAUCUCGACAAGGAGGAGCUUGGCCACCUCCUUCCCAGGCUCUGGUGUCCGAGACGCACGAUGGGAUAUACAGUCCUGGCGGUGCGGCUUCUCGGGCUGGCGCUGUCCGCCUGUUCCCUUCUGGACAAGGUGUCGGGAAUGUCCUCUGACUGCUCCAUCCUGCUAAAGCUUGCAUCUCUACGGGAAGAAUGCUUCGCACGCCUCAGCUCCGAGAAUGAAACUUUUGGUUGCAGGACUUUCUGGGAUAACAUCACUUGCUGGCCCGCAACACAUUUCGAAGAAACUACAGUGUUGCCCUGUCCAGCUUUUUUAUUCACUUCCAAGAAUAACAUAAGCAGGGAAUGUACUCCCGAAGGCUGGUCCGAUUUAUACCCGGAGUCUUACGGCGCAACUUGUGGUUACGACCCCAACAGCACAUUCUCAGACGAAGAGACGGUAUUCUAUGGCACGGUGAAAACUGGCUACACCAUUGGAUACAGCCUGUCGCUCAUUGCUCUCACCAUAGCCAUGAUUCUCCUGUGUAUUUUCAGGAAACUCCAUUGCACUCGGAACUAUAUCCACAUGCAUCUUUUCAUGUCCUUCAUCAUGAGAGCGGUGGCUGUUUUCGUCAAAGAUCUCAUCCUCUUCGAGGGCGGAGAGUCGGACCACUGCUUCGCCACCUCGAUUGGGUGCAAGGCGGCGAUGGUUUUCUUCCAAUACGGCAUCAUGGCCAACUUCUUUUGGCUCCUGGUCGAAGGCUUGUAUCUCCACACGCUUCUGGUGGUUUCCUUCUUUUCCGAAAAGAAAUACUUUUGGUGGUACAUCCUGAUUGGAUGGGGGGCCCCGACGGUGUUCACUUCCGCCUGGACCGCCACUAAGAUUCACGAGGGCGAUGCUGGUUGCUGGGACUUAAUCGAAUCUCAUUAUUGGUGGAUCAUCAAGACUCCCAUUUUGGUUUCUAUAUUGAUAAAUUUUGUUCUCUUUAUCCGCAUUAUCCGGAUCCUGGUCCAGAAACUACACUCUCCCUACGUAGGACGAAAUGAAACAAGCCAGUAUUCGAGACUUGCGAAAUCCACCCUUCUGUUGAUCCCACUCUUUGGCAUCCACUACAUUGUGUUUGCCUUCUUCCCGGAUGCAGUAGAGAAGGAAGUCGUAGGAGUCAAGUUCAUCUUUGAGUUGGUCUUGGGGUCCUUUCAGGGCUUUGUGGUGGCCAUCUUGUACUGCUUUCUGAAUGGAGAGGUCCAAGCUGAGCUGAAGCGCAAGUGGCGCAGGUGGCACAUGGAGAGGUUCCUUGGCUCCGACAUGAAGUAUCACCACCCGUCUUUGGGCAGCAAUGGCACCAACUUCAGCACCCAGAUCUCCAUGCUCACCAAGUGCAGCCCAAAGACUCGCCGAUGCUCCAACUUCCAAGCCGAUUCCUCUCUGGUUUGAGAUCUGGAAGCAACUGACUGAAAGACAGAGAGGUGGGCUGGAAAGCCAGAAACGUGGAACCACCCAAGACUCUGGAUUAAGAAUGAAAACUCUUGCUGGUCUGGUUCUUCCUUUUUAAGAAGAAAAGUAAAAGCUUGUUCUUUGGGCAAUUUACUGGAACACUGGGACCAAAAUGAUCAGGACCAGAAGAGGUACAUCUGGAUGAGUUCUUCAUUUUCUUCUUCUGAGGUUGAAGAUGUUUGUAAAUGUAACUGAAUACAUAGUUUUUCCUGAUAGGGAAGGGAGCACCUUGUUUUUGCAUCAGUGGAUUUCACACCAAGACCAGCUCUGCUUCCAGUAAAUGAAGGCUGGUGAAAAGGAUGCAUUGUUUUGUGACUAGUGUGACCAUGAGUCUUUAGGAGAAAAGACUGGUGAGAAAUCGGUGGUGAGAAAUGGCUCUGUACCAGUAGCACUCUAAGAAAUACAUCUUCCCUCCAGAUAAACCUUCAGAAUCUAGAGUCAUCUCAACUCCAGAGCCCAACAUCCUGCUUUUUGAUUGGUUUUUGAAGCUUUCAUUGUGUCCCAAGAGAUGAUUCCAAAAUGUAGUCCUUUGAACUAUUGAAACCAGAGGCAAUGGGCUCAUCAAGAUGGUGUUACUGGUUCUGGCCCUCAGCAGCUUUCAGGUCACUUGGUACUUGACUUGGAGCAUUGUUACUGGAGACAUCAAGGGCUGGUGUUGUGCAUGCAUAGCAUGUGUUCUGCCAUUGACUCACAGCGCCUUCCCAACAAGGAUGUGGGACUUCUGGACUUGCAUGCUGCUUUUGAACCAGCUACACUGUGGGCUACUAAGUCAACAAGAAUCCCUCCCAUUAAUGGAUGAGAUCAAUCAUAUGUCCAGGUGAGCAGCUCCUGGGAGGAAAAAUGGACUUCUUGGUUGGACAACCUGGGAGGGAAGAUGUUUCUGGACUUCCAUGACAGAGUUGAGGUUGACUUCUCUGGAGGACCUACUGUGCUGGAAAAACUACAAAUGUGGCCUGGGCCUGUACUGGACUCAACUGUAAAGACACAGGCCCAAGGUCCAGAAGAGAAAAGAUCAACACACAAAGGAAAGUCUGUGGCAGUCUAAACUCCAAGAAGAGAGUCAAGAUCAGAAGGCCAUAUGUGCAAUCUGUGGGAUUGGUUGGUUCUUACAGAAUGUCCUAUUCCCAAAUAAAUAUCCCCUUACCCAUUUGGAACAUUUACACACCCAGUAACAUUUUGGUAUCUGAUGAAAGACCAAACCUUUGAGCACCUGAAGGUCUACUAGAUCUCACACUCCAAUGCAACCUCAUGAUAGGGAAUUGACUGCUCUAUCCUCCAAGGCCUUGGGAUCUCUCUGCCCUGGUUUGUAGGACAUGUACAUGUUGUUCCUCCUUGAUAGCUGAUUGGGACAUCUCUGGGUCAUCCUGAAAUAGGGAGUUUUCCAGUGAUGGUGUGACACUGUUGACCUCCAACCAGCUUGGUUGGGAAGAUUGUGGGCUGGUCCCCAAGAUGAAGGUUUCCUUCCUCAUUCUAGGCUUCGGAUUGGGUAUCAAGGUUCCUAAGAUCCACAUCCAGAUACUAACUGAUACUGUGGGGUUAUAUUUUCUCUGUUUUUGUACUGGAGGGAAUAUUGCAAGUAUAAUGAUUGUGGGUGGUAAAACAAAACAAAAACAAAAGGAGAGGGAGACUUGUACACUUGAACUUCUACAUGAAUUCUGCCAUUACAAGAGCCUGUUUGCCACAUGGUUGAAAUGGAAAACCAAACAUAUCCUGCCCUGGAUUUCCUUCAUUGGAAGUGGCACCAUUCUAUGCUCUGUCGCCUUGUAAAUAUCCCUGACGUUUGCAAGACUUAUGCUUCGAAAGCAGGGCUGACUGAAUUGCUAUGGGACACCUCACUUCCCAGAGGCAGCUUUUCCUUUGUUGUGACGGUUCUUGAGAUCUCCUGCCUUUUUAAAAUGACCUUUAACCCUGUGUUAUUUAUUUAUUCAACCACAUUUAGAAUUGUAAAUAUUGACUCCUUCCUUUUCCAAGGGUUCAUCUCAAAAGAAUGUUAUGUCCGCUUGUUUGUUUCAUUGGAUGAAAAUUAAUAGAGUGGGGCCGAGGGAGCAAGGAAUGCUUCUUUCAUUUGCGAAAAGCAAACAAUAAACGGGUCUGGAAAGAG